CAUUUUUUAAAUUCCGCCUUCUUGAUUUAAGGGAGGAGAGCGAAAUCAUCGAGGGCGAAGUGGUAGAGGUCCAGAUCGAGCGUCCAGCAACAGGCGUCGGCACGAAAGUCGGCAAACUCAUCCUAAAAACGACCGAAAUGGAAACCGUCUACGACCUGGGCGGCAAGAUGAUCGACAGCAUCCUCAAAGAGAAAGUGCAGUCCGGCGACGUCAUCACCAUAGACAAGGCCACAGGAAAAAUCACACGUUUGGGUAGGUCGUUCGCGAGAGCUCGCGAUUACGACGCCACAGGCCAACAAACCAGAUUCGUGCAGUGUCCCGAGGGCGAGUUGCAGAAGCGGAAGGAAGUCGUACACACGGUGACCUUGCACGAGAUCGACGUCAUCAACAGCCGCACUCACGGAUUCCUGGCGCUGUUUUCCGGCGACACCGGCGAGAUCAAACCCGAGGUCCGCGAGCAAAUCAACGGCAAAGUGGCCGAAUGGCGCGAAGAAGGCAAAGCCGAGAUGAUCCCCGGCGUGCUCUUCAUCGACGAGGUCCACAUGCUCGACAUCGAGUGCUUCUCCUUCCUCAACCGCGCCCUCGAGAACGAAAUGGCGCCGAUCGUCAUCAUGGCGACCAACCGGGGCAUCACGCGGAUCAGGGGCACCAACUACAAGUCCCCGCACGGCAUCCCCCUGGACCUGCUCGACAGGAUGAUCAUAGUGCCCACCUCUCCCUACGAAGAGAAGGAGCUGAGGGAGAUCCUGAGCAUCCGCUGCGAGGAGGAGGACUGUCAGAUGUCCGACAAUGCGCUGACGGUUUUGACGCGAAUCUCGAAGGAGACGUCCCUGAGGUACGGGAUGCAGCUGAUCAUGACUUCGAGUUUGAUAGCGAGGAAGAGGAAGGCGGCGGAGGUGGACGUCGAGGAUAUCAAGAGGGCGUAUCAGCUGUUCUUCGACGAGGGGCGGUCGGUGCAGUUCUUGAAGGAGUAUCAGCAGGAGUUUAUGUUUAAUGAAGAGGACGCGAUCGAGAUGGACACGUCUUAACUUCCCUACAUAGUUGAGCGCAUUUAAACACUUAUCUCCUAUCUGGCGUGCGUUACCACAGUAAACAUCACCUUGUUGACUAAAAAUACGAAGGUGACAUAAUUGAUCGGGAUAACCUGAACCCAACUGACGGAAUGACACUUGACCGGGAAAUUCUAAUGACACCUAUUUUGCUUUUUUUUUUGUUGCGACUUUGGUAAAAUUGCAUACAAUUAUGUUUCGACAACGGUCUAGUUUGAGCGAUGGUGUAAUUUUCGCCGCGGGUCUAUUGAGAAAUUUCCGUGAUGAAAAUUUUUGCUUGCGUUGUUUUUGUCGAGAUAAUUGAGGGAAAUGGCAGUUUUGUGUCAAAUUUUCUCGUUCGGGGGUCGGACGUUUCCUUAAUCUCGGCGAAUCAAAGUGUUAUGCUUGGGAGAUUUGCAUAAUUUUAGGUUGCAUAAUGGAGGUGAGCGGGCAGUGGCGUAACAAGUGUCAGGUUUGAUGGGAUAGUGUUUAAAUGCACGCUGAUGUUGUGUGCGUUUUUUUCUAAUAAAGUAUUUUUAUGUCA